AUGGUUGGACUUAGACGAGCUAUCCAGUGCAGUGAUUUGAAUGAAGAAGAACAUGUUAAUAAUACUCCUUUUUAUUUGCAGCUUCCAAUAAAAGCUGGCCAACAGAAUACCCACACCAGAGUCAGCACAGAACAUAACAAGGAAUGCCUCAUAAACAUUUCCAAGUACAAGUUUUCCCUGGUCAUAAGUGGUCUCACUAAUAUCUUAAAAAAUGUUAAUAAUAUGAGGAUAUUUGGAGAAGCUGCUGAAAAGAAUUUAUAUCUCUCUCAGCUGAUUAUAUUGGAUACACUGGAAAAAUGUCUUGCAGGGCAACCAAAGGACACCAUGCGGCUAGAUGAGACGAUGCUGGUCAAACAGUUGCUGCCAGAAAUAUGCCACUUUAUCCACACCUUCCGUGAAGGAAACCAACAUGCAGCCGAGCUUCGCAAUUCUGCCUCUGGGGUUCUUUUCUCUCUCAGCUGCAAUAACUUUAAUGCCGUCUUUAGCCGCAUUUCCACCAGAUUACAGGAGCUGACUAUGUGCUCGGAAGAUAAUGCUGAUGUUCAUGAUAUUGAACUCUUACAGUACAUCAGUGUGGACUGUGCAAAACUAAAACGACUAUUGCAAGAGACAGUGUUUAAGUUUAAAGCCCUAAAGAAAGUAGCUCAACUGGCUGUUAUUAACAGUCUUGAAAAGGCAUUUUGGAAUUGGGUGGAAAACUAUCCUGAUGAAUUCACAAAACUGUACCAGACACCACAGACCGAUAUGGCUGACUGCGCAGAGAAGUUGUUUGACUUGGUGGAUGGCUUUGCCGAAAGCACAAAGCGGAAAGCAGCAGUUUGGCCACUGCAAAUCAUUCUUCUCGUCCUGUGUCCAGAGAUCAUCCAAGAUAUAGCUAAGGAUGUGGUGGAAGAAACCAAAAUAAACAAGAAACUGUUUCUGGACAACCUCAGGAAAGCGCUGGCAGGCCAUGGUGGGAGCAGACAGCUGACUGAAAGUGCUGCUAUUGCUUGUGUUAAACUGUGCAAAGCGUCUACAUACAUCAACUGGGAGGAUAACUCUGUCAUUUUCCUUCUGGUGCAGUCCAUGGUGGUAGAUCUCAAGAACUUGCUGUUUAAUCCGAGUAAGCCAUUCUCAAGAGGUAAUCAGAAUGCAGAUGUGGAUCUUAUGAUUGACUGCUUAGUUUCCUGCUUCCGCAUAAACCCCCACAACAACCAACAUUUUAAGAUCUGCUUGGCGCAGAAUUCCCCAUCAACAUUUCAUUAUGUCUUGGUAAAUUCACUUCACCGAAUAAUCACAAAUUCUGCACUGGACUGGUGGCCCAAGAUUGAUGCUGUUUACUGUCACUCUGUGGAACUCCGCAGCAUGUUCAGUGAAACACUUCAUAAAGCUAUACAGGGUUGUGGGACUCACGCGACAAUUCGGAUGACCCCGAGUCUUACAUUAAGAGAGAAAAUGACAAGCCUUAAAUUUAAAGAAAAACCCACAGACUUGGAAACCAGAAGUUAUAAGUUUUUGCUAUUAGCCUUGGUAAAACUGAUCCAUGCUGAUCCAAAGCUCUUGCUAUGUAAUCCAAGGAAGCAGGGGCCGGAGACCCAGGGUAGCACUGCUGAAUUAAUUACAGGACUUGUGCAACUUGUUCCACAGUCCAAUAUGCCAGAAAUAGCACAAGAAGCCAUGGAGGCCUUGCUAGUUCUUCAUCAGUUAGACAGCAUUGACUUAUGGAAUCCAGAUGCGCCAAUAGAAACAUUUUGGGAGAUUAGUUCACAAAUGCUUUUUUAUAUCUGCAAGAAACUAACUAAUCAUCAGAUACUCAGCAAUACAGAAAUCCUCAAGUGGCUGCGAGAGAUUCUGAUCUGUAGGAAUAAGUUUCUUCUAAAAAAUAAACAAUCAGAUAGGAGUUCCUGUCAUUUUCUCUUCCUUUAUGGGGUAGGAUGCGAUGUCUCUGGGGGUGGAGCUAGUCAAAUUUCUCUUGACCAUGAAGAGAUGGUACGCUGUGCCCCAGGAGCUUCAUUCAGGAAAGGGAAAGGGAACUCUUCUAUGGAAAGUACAGCAGGAUGCAGCGGAACAUCAAUCUGUCGUCAAGCCCAGACAAAAUUGGAGGUUGCUUUGUAUAUGUUUCUGUGGAGCCCCGACAUAGAGGCAGUCCUAGUUGCAAUGUCCUGUUUCCGUCACCUUUGUGAGGAAGCGGACAUCAGGUGUGGAGUAGAUGAAGUCUCGGUCCAUAAUUUUUUGCCAAACUACAACACUUUCAUGGAAUUUGCAUCUGUUAGCAAUAUGAUGUCAACAGGGAGAGCAGCUCUUCAGAAAAGAGUCAUGGCAUUAUUAAGACGCAUUGAACAUCCAACUGCAGGCAAUACUGAAGCUUGGGAAGAUACACAUACGAAAUGGGAACAAGCUACAAAACUAAUACUCAAUUUUCCAAAGACUAAAAUGGAAGAUGGCCAGGUUACCGAAAGUCUUCACAAGACAAUUGUGAAGAGACGAAUGUCUCAUGUGAGUGGUGGAGGGUCCAUUGACCUCUCUGACACAGAUUCUCUUCAGGAAUGGAUCAACAUGACAGGGUUUUUAUGUGCUCUUGGGGGAGUUUGCCUACAGCAUCGUAGCAAUGCAGGAUUAGCAACCUAUAGUCCACCGAUGGGCCCAGUCAAUGAGCGCAAAGGCUCCAUGAUAUCUAUGGUGUCCACUGAUGGAAAUACAGAGACUCCUGUUAGCAAAUUCUUAGAUCGAUUAUUGUCCUUAAUGGUCUGUAAUCAUGAGAAAGUGGGACUUCAGAUACGGACUAAUAUAAAAGAUCUAGUGGGUUUGGAAUUGAGUCCAGCACUUUAUCCAAUGCUGUUUAACAAACUGAAGAAUACCAUCAGCAAAUUUUUUGACUCUCAAGGCCAGGUUUUGUUAACUGAGACCAAUACACAAUUUGUAGAGCAGACCAUCGCUAUAAUGAAGAACCUACUUGAUAAUCAUACUGAAGGGAGCUCAGAACAUCUGGGACAAGCUAGUAUAGAGACAAUGAUGCUAAAUCUAGUCAGAUAUGUGCGUGUGCUUGGCAACUUGGUACAUGCGAUUCAAAUAAAAACUAAACUCUGUCAAUUAGUGGAGGUAAUGAUGGAAAGGAGAGAUGAUCUUUCAUUUUGCCAGGAGAUGAAAUUCAGGAAUAAAAUGGUGGAGUAUCUAACAGACUGGGUUAUGGGCACGUCCAAUCAGGCAACAGAUGAAGAUGUAAAAUGCCUGACAAGAGAUUUGGACCAGGCCAGCAUGGAAGCAGUGGUUUCUCUUCUUGCUGGGCUUCCACUACAGCCCGAAGAGGGAGAUGGUGUCGAGUUAAUGGAAGCAAAAUCCCAGUUGUUUCUUAAAUAUUUCACUCUCUUUAUGAACCUCCUCAAUGAUUGUAGUGAAGUGGAAGAUGAAAGUGCGCAAACAGGUGGCAGGAAACGUGGCAUGUCUCGAAGACUGGCUUCACUGCGGCACUGUACCGUGCUUGCAAUGUCAAAUUUACUUAAUGCUAAUGUGGACAGUGGCCUUAUGCACUCAAUAGGCUUAGGUUAUCACAAAGAUCUCCAAACAAGAGCUACGUUCAUGGAAGUCCUCACCAAAAUCCUACAACAGGGUACAGAAUUUGAUACACUAGCAGAAACGGUACUAGCAGAUCGAUUUGAGAGAUUGGUGGAAUUGGUUACAAUGAUGGGUGACCAAGGAGAGCUACCUAUUGCUAUGGCUUUGGCCAAUGUGGUGCCUUGUUCACAGUGGGAUGAACUAGCUCGUGUUCUGGUCACUCUUUUUGAUUCCCGGCACUUGCUGUACCAGCUGCUCUGGAACAUGUUUUCUAAGGAAGUUGAACUGGCAGAUUCCAUGCAGACUCUCUUCAGAGGAAAUAGUUUGGCCAGUAAAAUAAUGACUUUCUGUUUUAAGGUUUAUGGUGCAACAUAUCUGCAGAAGCUGUUGGAACCUUUAUUAAGAACUGUGAUCAUGUCCCCGGAAUGGCAACAUGUCAGCUUUGAGGUGGAUCCUACAAGGUUGGAGCCAACGGAAAGCCUUGAUGACAACCAGCGGAGUCUGCUGCAAAUGACUGAAAAAUUCUUUCAUGCAAUCAUUAAUUCCUCCUCAGAGUUUCCACCGCAGCUUCGCAGUGUGUGCCACUGUCUGUACCAGGCAACUUGCCACUCCCUACUGAAUAAAGCUACCGUAAAAGAAAAAAAGGAAAACAAAAAAUCAGUUGUAAGCCAGCGAUUUCCUCAGAACAGUAUUGGAGCGGUCGGAAGUGCCAUGUUCCUACGGUUUAUCAAUCCUGCGAUUGUUUCUCCUUAUGAGGCAGGGAUUUUAGAUAAAAAACCUCCACCAAGAAUUGAAAGAGGAUUGAAGUUAAUGUCAAAGAUACUUCAAAGUAUUGCCAACCAUGUCUUAUUUACAAAAGAAGAACACAUGCGGCCUUUUAAUGAUUUUGUAAAAAGCAACUUUGAUGCAGCACGGAGGUUUUUCCUUGAUAUUGCAUCUGAUUGUCCUGCUAGUGACACUGUCAAUCACAGCCUCUCUUUUAUCAGUGAUGGCAAUGUACUUGCUUUGCAUCGUUUGCUCUGGAACAAUCAAGAGAAAAUUGGCCAGUAUCUUUCCAGCAACAGGGACCACAAAGCUGUUGGAAGACGACCAUUUGACAAAAUGGCUACUCUCCUUGCCUACUUGGGCCCACCUGAGCAUAAGCCUGUGGCAGACACGCACUGGUCCAGUCUAAAUCUCACCAGUUCCAAAUUUGAAGAAUUUAUGACCAGGCACCAAGUGCAUGAAAAAGAAGAGUUCAAGGCCCUGAAAACAUUAAAUAUUUUCUACCAAGCUGGGACAUCAAAAGCUGGCAAUCCUGUUUUCUACUAUAUUGCGCGGCGGUUCAAGACGGGUCAAAUCAAUGGCGACCUACUGAUAUACCACGUCCUGCUAACUUUGAAGCCAUACUAUGCUAAGCCAUAUGAGAUUGUAGUGGACCUCACUCACGCGGGCCCCAGCAAUCGGUUUAAAACAGACUUCCUUUCCAAGUGGUUUGUAGUUUUUCCAGGCUUUGCUUAUGAAAAUGUCUCAGCAGUUUUUAUUUACAACUGUAACUCCUGGGUCAGAGAAUACACAAAAUACCAUGAAAGGCUUCUGACAGGCCUGAAGGGCAGCAAAAGGCUUAUUUUCAUAGACUCACCUGGGAAAUUGGCAGAGCACAUUGAACACGACCAGCAGAAGCUUCCAGCAGCUACCUUGGCUUUGGAAGAGGACCUGAAGGUUUUCCAUAACGCACUCAAAUUGGCCCACAAGGACACCAAAGUUUCUAUUAAAGUUGGGUCUACUGCUGUGCAGGUAACAUCAGCAGAGCGAACAAGAGUCCUUGGCCAAACAGUGUUUCUGAAUGACAUUUACUAUGCCUCUGAGAUUGAGGAAAUAUGCCUGGUUGAUGAGAACCAGUUCACCUUAACGAUUGCCAACCAAGGCACACCACUUACCUUCAUGCAUCAGGAGUGCGAAGCCAUCGUUCAGUCCAUCAUCCACAUAAGGACUCGAUGGGAGCUGUCGCAACCAGAUUCCAUUCCGCAGCAUACGAAAAUCCGUCCUAAGGAUGUUCCUGGAACGCUUCUGAAUAUAGCACUGCUUAAUCUGGGAAGCUCAGACCCAAGUUUGCGGUCCGCUGCCUAUAAUCUUCUGUGUGCCUUAACCUGUACCUUUAAUUUAAAGAUUGAGGGUCAGUUACUGGAAACUUCAGGUCUCUGUAUCCCUGCCAACAACACCCUUUUUAUUGUGUCUAUUAGUAAAACCCUGGCAGCUAAUGAGCCACACCUUACCUUAGAAUUUUUGGAAGAGUGCAUCUCUGGAUUUAGCAAAUCUAGUAUUGAACUGAAGCACCUUUGCCUGGAGUACAUGACACCGUGGUUAUCAAAUCUAGUCCGGUUCUGUAAACACAAUGAUGAUGCCAAACGUCAGCGAGUCACUGCGAUUCUGGAUAAGCUUAUAACAAUGACAAUAAAUGAAAAACAGAUGUAUCCUUCCAUUCAAGCGAAAAUAUGGGGAAGCCUUGGACAGAUAACUGAUCUACUUGAUGUAGUGCUAGACAGUUUCAUCAAAACCAGUGCAACAGGGGGCUUAGGAUCCAUAAAAGCUGAGGUUAUGGCAGAUACAGCUGUAGCUCUGGCUUCUGGAAAUGUGAAGCUGGUUUCAAGCAAAGUAAUUGGAAGGAUGUGCAAAAUAAUCGACAAGACCUGUCUAUCUCCAACUCCUACAUUAGAACAACACCUGAUGUGGGAUGAUAUUGCCAUUCUAGCACGUUACAUGCUGAUGCUCUCCUUUAACAACUCUCUUGAUGUGGCAGCGCAUCUCCCCUACCUCUUCCAUGUAGUUACUUUGUUGGUGGCCACUGGUCCUCUUUUCCUUAGAGCUUCCACCCAUGGCCUGGUCAUCAACAUCAUUCAUUCUCUGUGCACUUGUUCGCAGCUUCACUUUAGUGAGGAGACCAAGCAAGUUUUGAGAUUGAGCCUGACCGAGUUCUCGCUGCCCAAAUUUUAUUUGCUGUUUGGAAUCAGCAAAGUGAAAUCAGCAGCUGUCAUAGCAUUCCGAUCCAGUUAUCGAGAUAGGUCGUUCUCUCCUGGGUCCUACGAGAGGGAGACAUUUGCAUUGACUUCCCUGGAAACAGUUACUGAAGCUUUGCUGGAGAUCAUGGAGGCUUGUAUGAGAGAUAUUCCAACGUGCAAGUGGCUGGACCAGUGGACGGAGCUAGCACAGAAGUUUGCAUUCCAGUAUAAUCCAUCCCUCCAGCCAAGAGCGCUGGUUGUCUUUGGCUGUAUCAGUAAACGAGUGUCCCAUGGGCAGAUAAAACAAAUAAUCCGAAUUCUCAGCAAGGGACUUGAGAGCUGUUUAAAAGGCCCUGAUAAUUAUAACAGCCAAGUUCUAAUUGAAGCCACAGUUAUAGCACUCACCAAGCUGCAGCCACUUCUUAAUAAGGACUCUCCUAUGCACAAGGCUCUCUUCUGGGUGGCAAUGGCAGUGCUGCAGCUAGAUGAAGUUAACCUGUAUUCUGCAGGUACAGCACUACUUGAACAGAAUCUCCAUACCUUAGAUAGUCUUCGGGUAUUCAAUGACAAAAGUCCGGAAGAAGUGUUCAUGGAAAUCAGGAGACCAUUGGAAUGGCACUGCAAACAGAUGGAUCAUUUUGUAGGACUCAAUUUCAACUCUAACUUUAACUUUGCACUAGUGGGGCACCUUCUAAAAGGAUACAGGCAUCCUUCUCCUAUGAUUGUAGCAAGGACAGUAAGGAUUUUACACACACUACUCUCUCUGGUUAACAAACACAGGAACUGUGACAAGUUCGAAGUGAAUACCCAGAGCGUGGCUUAUCUAGCAGCUCUGCUGACAGUAUCUGAGGAAGUUCGAAGUCGCUGCAGUUUAAAACACAGGAAAUCUCUCUUGCUGACAGAUGUUUCAAUGGAAAAUGUUCCUAUGGAUACAUAUCCCAUACAUCACAGUGACACCAGCUGUAGGACACUAAAAGAAAAUCAACCGUGGUCUUCUCCAAAGGGAUCAGACAGACAUCUUGCUGCCAGUUACCCCACAGCAGGACAGAUUAGCCCUCGAACACGAAAAUCCAUGAGCUUGGAUAUGGGACAGCCUUCACAAGCUAACACUAAAAAACUGCUGGGUACAAGGAAAAGUUUUGACCACCUGAUAUCAGACACAAAGGCUCCUAAAAGGCAAGAAAUGGAAUCUGGAACCACUACACCCCCCAAGAUGAGGAGAGUAGCUGAAAACGACUAUGAAAUUGAAACCCAGAGAAUAUCACCACAGCAACACCCACAUCUUCGGAAAGUUUCUGUAUCGGAGUCAAAUGUCCUCCUAGAUGAAGAGGUUCUUACUGAUCCAAAAAUUCAAGCCUUGCUGCUUACAGUCCUUGCAACCUUAGUAAAGUACACUACAGACGAAUUUGACCAGCGAAUUCUUUAUGAGUAUUUAGCAGAAGCCAGUGUUGUCUUCCCAAAGGUCUUUCCCGUUGUGCACAAUUUAUUGGACUCCAAGAUCAAUACUCUUUUGUCGCUGUGCCAAGAUCCAAAUUUGUUGAAUCCAAUUCAUGGGAUAGUUCAGAGUGUUGUCUACCACGAAGAGUCUCCACCUCAAUACCAAACUUCUUACCUACAAAGUUUUGGAUUUAACGGGUUGUGGAGGUUUGCUGGACCAUUUUCUAAGCAAACACAAAUCCCAGACUAUGCUGAGCUUAUAGUGAAGUUUCUUGAUGCCUUGAUUGACACCUAUUUGCCUGGAAUUGAUGAGGAAGUCAGCGAGGAAUCCCUGUUGACCCCUACAUCUCCAUAUCCUCCUGCAGUGCAGAGCCAGCUUAGUAUUACUGCUAACCUUAACCUCUCUAAUUCCAUGACCUCACUUGCAACUUCCCAGCAUUCCCCAGCUUCUCUGCCUUGCUCUAAAUCAGCAGUUUUCAUGCAGCUUCCUCAUCAAGGAAUUGACAAGGAGAACGUGGAACUCUCGCCUACCACGGGACACUCCAACAGCGGAAGGACACGCCACGGGUCUGCGAGUCAAGUGCAAAAGCAGCGAAGUGCCGGCAGUUUCAAACGUCACAGCAUUAAAAAGAUUGUGUGAAGCUUUUUUUUGGAAACUAACUGACAUACUUGGGCUUCUCACUCGUGGCCCUCCACCAGUUGCGAUGCUGCACUUAAUUUUUAACGUUCCCAUCCUGUCAGCCGCGUUGCCAGAUGAUCAACUCUUGAAACAUUGCCUGAGUUUUAAUGCCUUCUUUACCCUUCUCCUGUUUUUUGAUUUAAGCCAGUGCUCCGGAACCAUUCUACAAAACGGUGUGUAAAUCCCGAAGAACUUUUUAGGAGCUGCAGUAGAAACUCAAUUAUUGAAAUGGUUCAAAACUUACGAAGUGGAUUACGAGGAUAGAACUGAAUUUAGGAAUAGAGCAGUGACCAGUGCCAGGUACUAAGCUGUUAAGCAUUCAUAGUCUGCGACAUCACAGAUAAAAUCUCUCAUCUAGUACAUCCAGAUGUGUAGUAGUCAGUUGCUAAAUCACCAUCAUUUAAAUCUCUGGAUCAUACUGAAUCAGGCUAAUUCAUAACUCUUUCAUUUUUGUUAGACAGCAAAACUUGAAGGAAUCUAAUGUUAUUUUUCACUGUAUUGGGGAGUAGGAAAAAAUCUUUUAAAGUUAACAGGCUGUUAGAAAAACGUGGCUUUUAGGUCUUUCCGUUUCCCUUGGAGCUCAUUUUCCAAAAAGUUGCUUUUUUGGGUUAGGUUGAGAGCAUCUGAAAGCAUCUUCUUCAUUGAUCUGAGGCUGCCCAAAUAAAGCAUUUGGAAAUAAUGAAAAUUUAAAACGCAUGCUGUGGAAUCAAAGUGAACAAAUUUUAUUUUUUAAUUUUAAGAGUUACUGCGAUCUCUUGAUCCCAGUUAGCCAAAAAAUGAUUUCACAUCAGCAUGAUAACAUAGUAACUCAUUUAGUAUACCCUUGGGUGUGAGGGAAGGAAACCUGCCAUGUAACCUUUCCACUAUUGGGCUUAGAUCUGGACAUUUCAGAGCAUGGGUGUCAAACUCAUUUGGCUGAGAACACUGAAUUCCAUGUUUAAUUCUGGUCUGUGGGCCAGGGUAUAAAUGCAGGACCAUACUCCUGACAUUGCACAGUGGAACACAACACUUCUUCGGACACUGGUGUAAAGAUUAGGGCACAAAUAUGGCCUUCAUGUAGUGAGUAAAUAUCCAUUAGUAGUUAUUUGUUCAGUGCCUUACUGUUGCAUUUAUCACUGGGAAAACCUGCUUGCUUACCCAUUGCACCCACUGAUCUUUUUGCCCUUUUCUUUCUCUUCCUCCUAAAUCCUUUUCUCUGUCCUUCUUGUCUCACCCCCGCCCCCACACUUUUUAGUUUCCUCUGUCCUUUGCUUUGGAUUUCAUUCCCUGAAGCCACCCCAAAUUCCCAACCCAGUCUGUUUUGUUCCCUUCCAGGAUUCCUAUUCUGUCUUCUAAAGCAAUCAGUAAUUAGUUAAGACGGCCCCUGAAGCAUCAUCAUUGGACUGGAAAUUUAAUACGCCUGCCUAGAGCAUGGGAAUUCAGCUCUCCAAAUCAUUGUUUUAGGCAGCCAUCACUGCACCCGUUACACUGUAUGCACUCUUUUAGCCCGUGUGCAGACAUUCAGUUUCUACUGGGAGAUCUGCCACUUACCCAGUAGAAACCACAAGUGUACAGAUGUUCCAGCUUGUUCUCCUGGAGCAAAAAUGGCAGUUCCAGGAGAAAACUUGACUACAAACAGGUAGAAAACACUUGCUGGAGAGCUUCUCCUGGGAGAAUGAAUGUCUUCACACUUUCCUGUAACAACUCCUCCUGGGGACCAGGAGAAGCGGAGCUGUGGGGCAAGGCUCCCGUGCCUUCCAGAGACUGGGGGUUGCACCAGUCUGGAGAAGGUGCAAGGGGGCAGCUUCUACCCCGCCUGUAAGCAGUGGUGGGGAGGAAAGGAGAGAGGAUCAGCCAGCAGCUGCUCCCUGCCUGCGUUGCCUCUGCAUCCGUGGCACCUACUUACUACUACUUUUUCCACAAAUGCUUAGGGUCUGGAGAACCAGGGUGACAUGCAGACCACAUAAAUGCAUCUUGGAGACUGAAGGUUUGACACCCCUGUUCUAGAACGUGUUAUCCAUUCUGCAUUGUCCACAUGACGUACUGUAAAAAGAAUUAACAUUUGCUCGUCUGUAUUCUCCCCGACUUAAAGUUAACUCAGUAGUAUUAUAAUAGUACAUAAACUACCUGUUAAUUAUGCCAGUGUUUCUGCUUUAAUGUGCAUGAGACUUAUUUUCCACAAACAGGAAGCAUUUCAAAUAAGCAUUGUGAACUGAGCAUUUGGGAAAGUGCCAGUGCUCUAUUCCUAAUUGGUUUGUAGGUUUUAGGUCCUUUUUCUGUUUCAUUCGAAGGUCAUUUUUUUUUCCUCAAAUGUAAUAAAGCACGUCUUAAUGUUAUGCAACAGACUUGCCACAGAAAGUCACUUUUAGUGUUGGCCACACAGUUUUUUUUAAUGCAGUAUAUUCACCUGUAAAUAGUUUUUGUGUAAAAUUUGACAGAAAAGUAUAUUUACUACACUGUAAAUACAUGUGACAAUAUAUUGUAUUAUUUUGCUUUUUUGUAAAGCAGUUAGUUGCUGUAUAUGUAUAACAUACAAAUUUGAUUAUUCUAGUGUUAGUAAUUGUUAACUACUACUUCUCCUUCCUGCUGUUGCGUUAUGUCAUUUAAAGAAAAAAAAAUGCUGUGUACUAUAAACUUACACUGUGUAUGAUACCUUAUUCUUUCCAUUUGGGCCUCAACUUUGAAAAUGUUUCCUUGAUCUACAAUCCUGUUAAUAUUGUAAGCAAAGUGUGUGGCAGCCGGUAAAAAAAAAAAAAAACCAACAAACCAACAAAAAGCCCUGCCGACUCCCACACGCAGUUGGUAACUGUAGGUAAAAAAACUGUAGAAAACAUGGUUUCAGAUAAUUGUUGUUCGCCCCAUUCCCCCCUCAUGUAUGUACUUCCCUUUUUUGAAGUAAAAUGUAAAUUCAACCUGC